UCUAGCGUUCUCUGCAAUCACAGAAUUCUGUAGUUUCUUUCCUCUUCUGUGUCGAGCUACAUCAGCCAGCAAGCUACACAAAAAUGGCGUUCACAUUCGCGGCCUUUUGUUACAUGCUUGCGCUAUUGCUUACGGCCGCUCUUAUUUUCUUCGCCAUUUGGCAUAUAAUUGCAUUUGAUGAACUGAAGACUGAUUACAAGAAUCCCAUAGAUCAAUGUAACACAUUGAAUCCGCUUGUACUCCCGGAGUAUCUCAUCCACGUGUUCUUCUGCGUGAUGUUCCUGUGUGCUGCUGAGUGGCUCACCCUCUGCCUCAACAUGCCACUGCUGGCCUACCACGUCUGGAGGUAUAUGAGCAGGCCGGUGAUGAGUGGUCCAGGCCUCUAUGAUCCAACAACAAUCAUGAACGCUGACAUCCUGGCCUUCUGUCAAAAGGAGGGCUGGUGCAAACUGGCCUUCUACCUCCUCUCCUUCUUCUACUAUCUCUAUGGGAUGAUCUACGUGUUGGUGACCUCUUAGAGUGGUCAGAGGAAUGAUCUGCAUGUACGAGAUGAAACACUGGUUUUAGUGGAGAAGCUGAAACCGGGACCUGCAGGAAGACUGAUCAUUUACCACAGAGUGAUACAAGAUGUCCGCCGUUUCAACAGGAUGGACUAAACCCCCCCUCCCCCUCCCAGCGCAGAGCAGAGCGGCCAUUACUAUACAAAACAUUUCUCCCUUUAUUUUUAUUUCAAUUUGGGUCACAGCUUUCCUCUCGUUCAUAGUUUUAGUCAGUCCACUGAAUGCUUUCUGAGAGGAAGACUACGACACAACAGACCUUUGGACUCUUUUCCAUUAUCAUGUGAUGCUUUAAAAUUGAUUUCAAAUAGUUUAUCAUGUUGUUUUUGACCU